GUCAAUGCACCACCAUCAUCACCAGCCCUGACUGUUCUCGUCUCUCCACCCUUCUGCAACAAACAAAGCAGCCUGUCCUUCCUGGGAGUCUUCCUGGCCAACCACCAAGCCAUCACUCGCGUAUCGCUUCACAUCACCUCGUCCCUCCCCGCCUCGUCCUGAUUCACGGCUCUUCCUUGCCCGGUCACUUUCUUGUACUAUUCCGCCAUGUCGUCUCGCAUCAACAUCCCCAAGGGCAAAGCCAAGGCGACCGCUGCCAACCUGGUCGACUCAUCGGCGAGUUCCUACGACUCAUCCCCCAAGUCAUCGACCUCGUCAUCACGCUUCCAGCGCCCCAGUGCCCACACACGUCGGCCUAGUCUGCUGAGCGAUGCCCUCUCCAAGCAGGAAGCGACCGUCAUCAAUAUCGGCGAGCCGGAUGGCGUUCCUCGUCUGAUCUCCUAUCUCUCCUCCAGCCAGGGAUAUCAAUGGAAUCCGGAAAUCUUCCUGCCAUCCUACAUCGACUGCGACUACGAGCCACUAGAGCACGGCCGAGAACCCGUCAUUGAAAUCACCCUCUCCGACGAGGAGAUCAAGCAGAUGCUCCCUCAAUAAGCGACCCCGUUUCGACAAAUAUCACUCACCCCACCUCACUUGCAAUACUUUUAUACGGCGCCUAGAAUGGCCUUGACUCCUCUCCAACAGAGGACAUGAUUAUACGAACGACCGGAUUUUGGGUCAAUAAUUGGGAACACCUUGAUGGAGUUUUAUGGACAAUGUUGGCCGUCGCACUGGUCUGAAUUCGCCU